AUGUCUAUAGCUAAGGCUGCCCAGCCGACCAACCUGCCGUCCUGUGUUGUGUCGUCCGUGUCCAUGUCCCCCACCUCCCCCACCUUCCGGUUCCGGAAGUCGGACCUCGCUGCUGCGGGAGUCUACCUCGAGACCUAUGGCUGCCAGAUGAAUGUAAAUGACACAGAGAUAGCCUGGUCCAUUUUGCAGAAAAGUGGCUACCUGAGGACCAGCAACAUCCAAGAGGCUGAUGUGAUCCUUCUUGUCACAUGCUCUAUCAGGGAGAAGGCUGAGCAGACCAUCUGGAACCGUUUACAUCAACUUAAAGUCCUGAAGACAAAACGACUGCAUUCCCGGGUACCUUUGAGGAUUGGGAUUCUAGGGGCUAAAAGAAGUGACACUUCUUGGUCAGAAUGUUAACAGUUUUCGAGACAGUUCAGAGGUGCAGUUCAACAAUGCAGUGUCUACCAACCUCAGCCGUGGUUUCACUACCAACUAUAAAACCAAACAAGGGGGACUUCGUUUUUCUCACCUUCUGGACCAGGUUUCAAGAGUAGAUCCUGAAAUGAGGAUUCGGUUCACCUCUCCGCAUCCCAAGGAUUUUCCUGAUGAGGUUCUGCAGCUGAUUCAUGAGAGACACAACAUCUGUAAGCAGAUCCACCUGCCAGCCCAGAGUGGAAGCAGCCGUGUAUUGGAGGCCAUGCGGAGAGGGUGUGAACCUCAGCAGCGACUUCAUUGCUGGCUUUUGUGGAGAGACAGAGGAUGAUCACCUGCAGACAGUCUCUUUACUUCGAGAAGUUCAGUACAAUACUGGCUUUCUCUUUGCAUACAGCAUGAGGCAGAAGACACGAGCGUAUCACAGACUGAAGGAUGAUGUUCCAGAAGAAGUAAAAUUAAGGCGCUUGGAGGAACUUAUCACUGUCUCCCGAGAAGAAGCUUCAAAAGCCAACGAGACCUCUGUGGGUUGUACCCAGCUGGUACUGGUUGAGGGGUUCAGCAAACGCUCUUCCACUGACCUGUGUGGCCGGAAUGAUGGAAAUCUUAAGGUGAUCUUCCCUGAUGCAGAGGUGGAGGAUGUUGCUAACCCUGGGUUCAAGGUCAGAGCUCAGCCUGGGGACUAUGUACUGGUGAAGAUCACCUCUGCCAGCUCUCAGACUCUGAAAGGACAAGUCCUCUGCAGGACCACUCUGAAGCACUCAUCAGCUUAUUGCUUGACCUGAGUGGGUGACCUCAGAGUGCACUUGGGCAGUCCUUCUCCAUAAGAAGAUAUGACUCAUCACUAAUGAAAGUGGUAACAAUGCUUUGGAGACAAGGCACAAGUGGUGAAGCACCUUUGCACCAAAUGGAAGAACACAUUUCUUUGGUGCUACAUGAACAGCUUUACAACAAUAAAAUUUUCAUAAACUAA